GACAUCACUGAGGUUCUCGGGGGUUCAGCUCAAGCAGCUUAUCUGGAAUCAGAUACGAUUGGUGCUCAAAAACACCCGCCAGAUCGAGCCAACUGGUUCGAGAUGACCAUCCACGGCCUAAUGGUCCUCCUGUAGAAGCAUUCCAUUCCUUGUAACACUUAAUGUUGUACCCCUAUCUUCGCGCCAAGACCGAUCAUGUCCGAACCUGUUGCCAUCCCUUCUGCUGCUUCUCGAGCUCAUACGCCGGUAGGGCAGCAAGAUCUCCUGACGCGUCCUCGAUCCGACACAAUCUGUACAACAUCAUCCUCGACUUCUGAUCCCGAGUCCAGUCUUCAGACUCCCCAGACACCCUCCAUCCUUCACGUCCUUGGUGAUAAUGAACGCUUCGCUGAUUCAUCGGAUCCCCUCGUCAUUCACAGAAAGACCAGUUAUGGAUUUGGCCAGACUGCCAACCUCAUCGCUGAGACUGAAUCUUCGGGAUCAUCGAGCAGGCCUGUCAUUGCCGAGCAGCAAUCAGACUUCCUGGCCCACCCCGAUGGGAUGCGAUUUGAACAUGCUAUCCUCCCGGAUAUAUACCACCAAGCUGUGGACCCCAUCACCAGCCCUGUACGAGUGGAAGGCUUCUCCACCAAGACCACAGGGACAAUAGCCGCCGUCAGACGCAAGCUUCAACGCUCCAAAAGCUCUCUGAAGGCUCUGACGUUGCACUCUGGUUCCGUAACCCCAGUCGCCUCGGAGACCGAAUCCACGGACGGUGAUGCAACAGACGAACGGCACAAGAAGCAUCGCUUGAGGCGAAUACUGCGCUCUUUAUCGUUCUCUGGAUCCAGCUCAUCCUUGCGAGCUCAACACCCGACGAUAGAGUCUGGUGUGGGGGAGCUGAGUCCGUCUCAAGUUCAACCCACGAUCUCAGCGGACCAUGAGGCGAUCAACAGGUCGAUCCCGGACAUCGAUCCGCUGAAUGCUGGUCCCAUUUCGCGAGACUAUGUCACUUCUCCUUCUCAGGCCUCUGAACAAGGUCGGCCGCUCGGCGGCGCGGCCUAUGAAGAUGCGUCGUCGCAUCUCGAGGCCCAUGAUCAAAUUCCGACGGUAGGGUGGCCGGAACGUCACAAAGGGAAGGGUCGAAUGUCGUCGACGGUGCAAUAUCGCCCAAGAAUGCUCUCUGCCAUGUCGGCUGGGUCUACAAUGACACCAUUGCCUGUGCGGCAGCCCAUCUCACCCAUUCUUACCAGGCCAAGGUCGAUGUCGAUGCCACACAAUGUGCCUGCCGUCCAUCAGCCCAAAAUUGACCUCUUUGGCACGCGACUUCCUCGAGAGUUGCAGCUGAAAGUUUUGAAGUCUCUCAUGUCCUCAUAUCAAGGCUGUGUGUCCGGUCGAUGGGAGGACGAGGAUCUAGGGCGCAGAGAGCUGAUCAGACUGAGUAGAGUCUCCAAAUCUUGGCAGUCGUUGUGCUUUGAUGGUCAUUUGUGGACCAUGUGUGACCUGAACGCUUUUGCGCCCCGCCUACAUCCAAACACCCUCUCCUCGAUCAUAUCGGCCGCCGGUCUCUGCAUAAGAAGUCUAUCCUUGAAAGGCUUUGACAAUCUAUAUGGCCCAACACUCAUCAACUCCAUCACUCGCUCGACUCUGUCUAGUCUCCAAGAUAUCGACUUGCGAGGGUGCCACAAUCUUACCGACCACGAUUUAUGCCGGUUGAUCGUUGCUUCUCCCAACCUCACCAAGUUGAAUCUUCGGGGUGUGCAAGCGACGUCCACCGCCGUCAUUCGCUGUCUAGCUAGGCAUACUCGUCACUUGUCAAGUCUGGACAUCUCAAGAUGCUGGGACGUGACUCUCUGCGAUCUGGCUGUCUGGCUCAAAUUCAUGACCGAUGAGCAAGCUGCUGCUCUACAAGUUCUACGGGUCGGAGGAAUCAGAGGAUACAGUCCAACAGCGCAAGACUUCCUGCCUCUCGUUGCGUCACGCUUCACAAAUCUGCGUGUGCUCGAUCUCCAAGCAUGUACGACAUUGUCCGACGCGGACUUUGAGGCGUUCGCCACGUCAUUGGAUGCGAGGGGAGGAUCGUGUCGAUUGACACACCUGAAUCUGUCAAAUUGCACAUCUCUUUCUGGCGAGGUCUUCCAGCAUCUCACGAAUAGGGCACCUGGCCUGACACAUCUCGAAUUGGCUUCCUUGCCCUUGAUUUUCGGCGAUGUUGAGCCGAGGCACGCAGCAUUGCCAUUGAUCAACAUGCUCCGAACGAUGCCGCUUCUGCAGCGAAUAGAUAUGGAAGGCACUGGUAUAUCGGGCUGCAUCAACGACAGGGUGCUGGACGCCCUGACCCCGCCUCGAUCGCACCGUGGCGAAAUCCUAGGUCGGGACCUCACUGAACUGAGGCUGGGCUACGCGGCAGGAGUCACUCCCGAGGGAUUGAUUCGACUUGUUCGAGGCUGCGGCAGCCUCGGCGUCCUUGAACUUGAUAACACUACCGCCAACAAUGCGGUCAUGCGAGAGUUCAUUCGCCGCAGGGAUUCCCCUCACUCGUCCCUGUCGCUGGUCGACUGUCGAGCCGUGGUCACUCCUGCGGCGUACUCUUCACUUGCCACGUCUACACGUCCUAGAGCAGGUUUCACUGGUUGGGCAGCUUCGGUCUUUGCGUAUGAGGAGUCUGAGAUGUUGGAUUCCGGUAAGACGGUCUUGAAAACAUUCUGGAGCUGGAAGAGGGUGGUUAUUCCAGCCGGCUGGAGAGACGUCCGCGCAAGUGCUGAAAGGGGCGUACAGACCAAUUCUUCGAGCUCUGAGCGAUUGUCAGGGUCAGAGUCUAGGCCAUCAGCCUUGCGACGUAGACGAGGAAGUUGGUGGAGGGAUGAAGAUCUUGGUGACGAUCGGUCAGGCUGUGUUAUCAUGUAGUUAAUCUUUGUAUCAGAAUCGUUGUGUGUGCUCUUAGUCCUGCUAUUGUAAAUUGUUGUCGCGAUGUCAUCUCUCGUCUUCUAUGUAUAGCCCUCCUGGCGCAUUCGAGUCUGCGGGUGUCGAAAACAGACUUUGACGUCAGAUCCUGGUCUCAGCUGGCGACAAAGGAUGCCUCGGGGCGCGGUUGAAAGGGACGACUGCAUGAGUAAGCCUCGGGUCUCAGGAAGGUUUCUGUCUUUCUACAUCACUUGCUCGAUCAUACUCGAUCCACAACAAUCGAUGUCACAGUCCAGCAUGGAGGCCCUUGACAGCUGCGUUGAGAUGGCACUAGAC